AUGAAAAUCAACAGCCAGCUUACUGGUCUAUUUCUGGCUAGCCUAGCACUUGGCACCAAUGCCUUUACUUCAAUAGCCCCCAAGACAGGAAGCUCUGUGGCCCUCAAGGCCUCGGAACGACAGGAUCCUGGACCUCCACCAAUGGACACUCAAAUGCCCAUGCAAGACCGACCUGCUCCAGCAGGUCCAGCUGGAGGUCUCAGCAGGCCUCCCAACAUGGUGGAUGAUUUGGAUUCUUCUGAAUUGAUUGCCAUGGACAUGUUCCCAAUUUUUCCUAGUCUUGAAACCGUACAAGGAGGAGGGACGGUCCGAACUUACAAGAUGCCUCUUUGGGCCGACAAGUGCCAGAUGUUGUUUACGACCGAUGGACGUCCAAUGAAGGCGGAAGCCAACUUGUGGCUGGGACCCCUUCGUGUCGUGCACACUAUGAAAAUUGACAUGGAAGAUGGAGCCAAGACUCCCUAUCAAUCGACCAUUACCUUUAAGAAAUUUGGACAAGUCUUGAAAGUCAGUACUUCCGACAGUUUGGAAUUCCCCAUGCUGGCUGGUGUCUACGUUCCGAACCCCGAACGAGCAAAGGAGCUUCAUCAGAAUACUAUUGAUGUCUUUGAUAAUGCUACUCCCGAACAAAAGAAGAGAAUUCAAGGAGGAUCCACUCUUGGUGGAGGAGGUGCCGUCCGGUAUUGGACCAUUCCGCCCAAUGUCCAAUCAGUCCAAGUUAUUGGCUGGUCCAAGGACGUUGGUAAGAAGUCCUUCAAGCUAAAGGUUGAGGUUCUGCAAGGACCCAACAACAUCAAGCAAGGGUUCUUCCUUCAAUGCGGAGGAAGUACUCAACCAUACCACGGAGUGCUACAAACUCCUGGACCUGGUUCUAUCAUUCGAAUUACCAACCAAAAAUUCUUGGAAGAUGGUUUGAUCCAAAUAGCAAUUGUGCCUUACGAGGUUACAGGAGAAGUUCCUGCCGACAUUCCAUCGGUGGAAGAUCUUCCCAACAAGUUCCCAACUUCCCGAAGCAACUCGUGGUGGGACAAUAAAUAA